CACCACCUCCGUCUGCUCGAUAUUCAUCAGUUUUCUCAUUUCAUUUGACGCUAACCGACAAACACUACACCUAUGCCUCAUCGUGUCCAAAGAGCCGAUGAGAAGGCCUUAUCUCUUCCUCGGAUUCAGAAGAGUAUGACUACGCAGCAGCCAACCUCCAACCUGCCGUUCAAGAUAUCCAUUGGUCGUCGUCUCCUCCCCGAGCCAUUUGUGACCGUCCCUCAGCUAAAUGAAUAUCUGGAACUUUUACGCUGCUUUGCUGAACUCAAAGACGAAGUCGAGAAUAUGGCUGAAGCGGAGCAAACAAACCGAGGUCGACGACGCGAUAACGAAUGUGAUAAUCAGGGCUCUCCGCAGUUCAAUUUCCUUCCAAUGCUGAGCGUCCUGGAGGUGACGAUAAGUAAGCGACUCGAUGAAGAGCUUGGUUUCGUGGAUGACACCUCUGUGGCCAUGACGAAAGUGCGCCGGGAUGCGUUAUCCGAGCGGACCCAAUUAUCGAAGGUGGUUGUAAAGGCAAUUACUCCCGGUGCGAAGUUCAAGAGGCUGUCAGACGAGGGAAUCCGGGUCUUGAAGGAUUGCAAGGCAGGGGGUCUUGAGAUUGAAAUUAAGGCCAUAGCGGCCAGUGGUGAAGGCGAUAAUAUUAACUACGUGUAA